ACUUUUCCUUUACUUCUAAGAACCAUUAUCUUCCCAUCCUUCCUCCAGUUUUCCUUCUACCAAACCUCACCAGCUCAAACGAAACUUGGGCGCAAUGGGUACUGGUAAGAAGGAACGUAGCCGGCUGGCCCGGCAGGGCAAGUCAGGCUCGGGAAUGGACAACAUCAAGGUCAAGGGCGAGAAUUUCUACCGCAAUGCGAAGAAGAUUAAGACCCUGAACAUGCGAAAGGAUGAGGGCAAACCAGUUCGAAACGCCGACGGCAAGAUUAUCCAAGCUGCCAAGUACCAAUCUAGAGAUUUACCGGCUGCUAGGGUCGAACCUAACAGGAAGUGGUUUACCAAUACCCGCGUCAUCUCGCAGGACUCCCUCAAGGCUUUCCGCGACGCAAUGGCAGAGAAGGCUAACGACCCUUACCAAGUCCUGUUGAAGUCCAACAAGCUACCUAUGACCUUAAUCAGGGACGACACGAACACUCAGCAUGGCGUAAAGCAGCAUAAGGCCAAGAUGGCAAUCGAAAGCUCUCCGUUUGCUGACGCCUUCGGUCCGAAAUCUCAGCGCAAGAGGGUGAAGUUGGGCGUAAGCAGUCUGACGGAUCUGGCUGAAGAUACGGAGAAGAGCAUGGACACGUACAAGGAACGUCUUGAGCAGGCGAGGCUUCUGAGCGGCAACUCUGGAGCCGGUCUGGAUGGUGAUGGUGAGGAUCAGACCAACGGCGAGGACGCACUCACUAUGGCCAUUGAACCUAUCUUCAACAAGGGCCAGAGCAAGAGGAUAUGGAAUGAACUCUACAAGGUUCUUGAUGCCUCUGAUGUUGUCAUCCACGUACUCGAUGCUCGCGAUCCCCUUGGUACUCGAUGCCGUAGCGUUGAGAAAUAUCUAAGGGAGGAAGCGCCGCAUAAGCACCUUAUAUUCGUCUUGAACAAGACCGAUUUAGUACCCACAAGCGUAGCUGCCGCCUGGGUUCGUAAUCUCUCUAAGGAUUACCCGACUCUUGCUUUUCAUGCAAGCAUAACGAAUCCUUUUGGCAAGGGUUCUUUAAUCCAGCUUCUCCGACAAUUCUCGCAAUUGCACUCGGAUCGCAAACAAAUAUCCGUCGGCUUAAUAGGCUAUCCUAAUGUGGGAAAGUCUUCAAUUAUCAAUACCCUCCGGAAGAAGAAGGUCGCCACGGUGGCCCCUAUUCCCGGCGAAACUAAGGUCUGGCAAUAUGUCACAUUGAUGAAACGGAUAUACCUCAUUGAUUGUCCUGGCAUUGUUCCUCCUAACCAGAACGAUACUCCCCAGGAUAUUCUGCUCCGUGGUGUGGUUCGAGUUGAGAUGGUGGAAAAUCCCGAGCAAUAUAUCCCUGUGCUUCUGUCAAAGGUCAAACAGCACCACAUGGAGCGUACCUACGAGAUCAAGGGAUGGAAUGACCACAUUCAUUUUCUGGAGCUUCUUGCUCGAAAGGGCGGUCGUCUAUUAAAAGGCGGUGAACCCGAUGUGGAUGGAGUUGCUAAGAUGGUAUUAAACGACUUCAUGCGAGGCAAGAUUCCCUGGUUUACUCCAGCACCUAUCGUUGAAGGGGAUGAAGGGAAACCCGUAGAAGGCCGCGAGGGUAGACUCGGCGAAAUGCCACGAAAACGAAAGAGAGACGACUUGGAGAGCGUCCCAGCCGCAUCUGUGGCUGCAUCGGCUACGUCGGUUGCGGAUGAAGAGAGCGCAAGUCAAGAUGACGAAGAAUUCGAAGGUUUCGACAGCGACAGCGAUGAAUCAGAUGAUGAAGCUGAAGCCGGAGUUAAAGACGACGAAGAAGAUAUGAUACCCCUAGAAGAGCUGAGCGAUAUUGAUAGUGAAUCCGGAGAUGAGGAUGAAGGUUGAGUAAUCGAGUUGAAAGCAUGAAAACAUGACGGACCGCUGUUCCUCAACUAAGGGCUGCGAUGGCUUGUUUAUUUAUCCCUGUGCCGCCAAAUAUUCAGCAAGUUGGUCGGCAGGCAGGCCAACAGGACUCACGUUCGUCCCUUUCGGUUGGAAAUACUGCCCUUUACUGCCCUUUGGUGCUAUUAUAGGCAUCCUCCGCCUGCCGAGCAGCCCUUAAGUUACGACUUGAGUCGGCUGUGUAUGGGCUUGGCACGGGCCUCAUAAAUCCCUAGAGUUAUCCGACGUGAAGCCCUGGAAACAUUUUAAUUCCGGGUCGGACCUAGAUGGUACUCGGAAGCGAUCUUUUCCCGGCGUAUGACAAGCACA